AUGGAAUCAUUUAACUUUCUCAAAUUCUGGCGUACUACCGCCGCUGUUAGGGAUAUUGACUCUGAUUUUGAUUCUGUUAAAAAGUUUGCCGAUACUGUGGAUUAUAAAGAGAAUCCGGCACCAUUAGAGAGUACUGAUGAAGAAAUUGAUAACGAUGAGGAUUCAUUUUUCGAUUUGGUACUUACGGGGAUUAAUGGAUACCCAAAAGAAAAUAACUCCUCCAACUCUGUUUCUGAAAAGAGUUGUCCGGUAAAGCAGGGGAAGGGAAAGUUGAACUCGCCGGAGUCCCCUAGAGAUGUUUUUUUUACACCUAACACGAAACCUCAAUCCCCGAAUUCGGUACUCCGAUCAUCUCCCAAGUUUGCCGUAUGCUUCUUGGGGUUCAGGAAAUCAAAGCCGGAAAGAGUGAUCAUUGACGAUUCUUCUACGGUGACUCAGAAGAUUCAAACCCAAAAAUUCAAGGUGGAAGAAAGGGAAUCUUCAAUUAACAACUCGUCAAAGCAAUUUGCAAGAGCUGAUAUGGGGAAGUAUUUGAAAUUGAUGAAGCCUCUCUACUCUAGAGCUUCGAAAAGGUUCACCGAGAAAAAUCAAUUAUCAUCUUCUUCGUCAGUGCAAUCAUUGAGCUCACCAAGGAUUUCAUCAGAAGAGAAACACGGAAACAGAGUCGCUGUACUUGAAGCUGUCCGUAAACGGCUAGGGAAAAGCCGGUCGACAGCUUCUUCCUUCGCCGGAGCUUCAAUUUUGCCGAUGAAUCGCCGAGACGAUUCACUCCUGGAGCAAAAUGACGGAAUCCAAGGCGCUAUUCUACAUUGCAAGAGAUCCUACAGUUCAGCCCGAAAAGACUGUUCGGUGUUAUUAUCAAGAAAUACAAAUGAAGAUCUGCCAAGAGCCUCUUGUGAAGAGCAUAAUCGAUGGAGUAUCUAA